AUACAGUCUCUGAGACAGCCAAAGAGUGAGAGACUGAAAAAUAGUGUGAAAAAUGGCGAUCCCAAUACCAUCUCGGCAGCUAUUCAUCGACGGCGAAUGGAGAGAACCCACCCUCAAGAAACGUAUCCCCAUCAUCAACCCCUCUACCGAAGAGAUCAUCGGAAAUAUUCCGGCGGCAACUGCGGAGGAUGUGGAGCUUGCGGUGGAUGCCGCGCGGAAAGCUCUUGCUCGGAACAAAGGCAGAGAUUGGGCCUCUGCUUCCGGGGCCGUUCGUGCCAAGUAUUUGCGUGCUAUCGCCGCCAAGAUAACAGAUAGGAAAUCUGAACUAGCUAAACUUGAAGCAAUUGAUUGUGGAAAGCCGCUGGAUGAAGCUGCAUGGGACAUUGAUGAUGUUGCUGGGUGCUUUGACUACUAUGCGGACCUUGCUGAAGGUUUGGAUGCAAAGCAAAAGGCACCAGUUUCCCUUCCCAUGGAGACAUUCAAGAGUUAUGUUCUUAAGGAGCCGAUUGGGGUGGUUGGGUUGAUUACUCCAUGGAACUAUCCUCUGUUGAUGGCUACAUGGAAAGUGGCUCCUGCCUUGGCUGCUGGGUGUGCUGCAAUACUGAAACCGUCUGAAGUGGCAUCUGUGACCUGUUUGGAGCUGGCUGAAGUGUGCAGAGAGGUCGGUCUGCCUCCUGGUGUUCUUAAUAUUCUGACUGGAUUCGGCCAUGAGGCCGGUGCUCCUUUGGCAUCCCAUCCCCAUGUUGACAAGAUUGCAUUCACUGGAAGCACCAUCACCGGUAGUAAGAUUAUGACAGCUGCAGCUCAGUUGGUCAAGCCUGUUUCACUGGAGCUUGGUGGGAAAAGCCCAAUUAUCGUUUUUGAUGAUGUUGACCUUGAUAAGGCUGCUGAAUGGACUGCUUUUGGUUGCUUUUGGACAAAUGGUCAGAUUUGCAGUGCAACAUCCCGUCUCAUUGUGCACGAAAGCAUUGCUGCAGAAUUUUUGGAUAGGCUCGUAAAAUGGAUAAAAAACAUCAAGGUUUCAGAUCCUCUGGAAGAAGGCUGCAGACUUGGCCCCGUUGUUAGUGGCAGUCAGUAUGAGAAAGUAUUCAAGUUCAUUGCUACGGCUAAGAGUGAAGGUGCAACCAUAGUAUGUGGUGGGGAUCGUCCUGAGCAUCUAAAGAAAGGAUUUUUCAUCCAACCAACAGUCGUAACUGAUAUAACUACCUCUAUGCAAAUAUGGAGGGAGGAAGUUUUUGGACCAGUUUUGUGUGUGAAGACAUUCAGUAGCGAAGAUGAAGCCAUUGAGCUAGCGAAUGAUACCCACUAUGGUUUAGGCGGUGCUGUGAUAUCAAACAAUCUAGAAAGAUGCGAUCGCGUUAGUAAGGCUCUUCAGGCAGGAAUUGUUUGGAUUAAUUGCUCACAGCCUUGCUUCACUCAAGCUCCAUGGGGCGGCAACAAGCGUAGCGGUUUUGGGCGUGAAUUAGGGGAAUGGGGGCUCAACAAUUAUUUGAGCGUGAAGCAGGUUACUCAGUACGUGUCUGAUGAACCAUGGGGAUGGUACCAGUCUCCUUCAAAGUUGUGAAAAGUGUACCAUAGCAGUUGUACCGAAGUACACGAAAUAAGGUUGAGAACUUGAGAGGGGGUUUCAUGUGCUGAACUCGGUGUUUGAAGGACAGAAGAAAAUAAUAUAAACUGUUAGAACCAA